GCCUACAGUCUCAAGACCAUUCUUUGUUCAACAAAAUGCGAUAUCUGCGUCUGUGAGCCCUUCGGGAUCUUAGUAAAAACAAAAGGCUAAGAUACCUCGCAAACAUUCUCGGAUCAUGGAUCGCGCAGGCUUCAAGCCUCGGGCUGUUGACUCUUCACCGAUGAAAAUGAACGGAAGGUGGUGCAGGUGCCAUUUGCGGUCGGUCUUGAUCCCGGGUGAACCCUCGCCACAUCCGUUUCCGAGGAAAUAGCAAAAACCACCGUGAAUAGGCUUUGAGAUCACACUUCUUAUCCCGUAAAGUUGAAAGGCAGUAUAAUCGAUGAUUCUUCCCGGCGUUCAUUCCUCAAUAUUACGACAAUUUUCUACCUCCAACAAGUCUGUCGGGAUUCCAAAUAUCAGAAUUCGAUCAAUGACAAAACGAUCGGAAACAAAAAGCCUUACUCAGACCACGUAAUAAAAAUUCUCGAGGGUAAUUUUCUUCCCAUAAAAACGGUGCGUGGCAGUGCGGAUGAACCGGAUAUGAGUAGUUUUCGAGUGUCGUGGUUCGUUUUACACGAAGGAAACAAACAGCGGCGAUGCCACCGAGGCGGCGAGGUCAUCUUACGAGGGAUUGUUCAUUGAUCUGAUCGAACGCCGGGGAUGGCCAGGGUCACACAGUCGGUUUACGUAGGCUGGCUAUUUGACGGACGAUGGCUCAGGUCGCAGAACCGAUGGACAAGAGUCUGUUCACUGUUCGCACUUCGCUUUUGUCAGCGGUCGUCUCACGCUCCAGCACUUUGUGGUUGGCGUGCUACCGUGAACUCGAAUGGCAAAAAAGAAGGAGGAGAGGAAAAAAGACAAGGGGGAAUUCAUCAUCGUAGAAAAAGAUGAAGAGGAGGAUUUCAUAAUAGUUUUGUCGUUCGAUACCCGAUCAGCUCUGUUGAAUUUUAAUUUUCAAAUUCGCCUUACUUCACUUCGCUUCGGUUAAUGCCCGCUGCUGACAGCAGCUGUGCGGUUACAAUGUUUAUGAGUGCAUAAUAGGAAGAAAAAAGUGUGUGCGGAAAAAGAAUUACAAAAAUUAAGAUACGAUUUUUUAUUCCCAUUGUCUCUCACACCGAUGCGCAUCAUGUACGCCACUGAAGUGGAAUUGAUGAUAAAUGUCUGUCCAGUUAUGAUAUCGUGCAAUGACAUCGUACUACAAGACUCCUAGCCGGAACUGUCCCUCGUGCGUUAUCCCUUUCUAUGGAGUUGUGCUUCCCCACAAAAUCACAGCGUUAACAACCCCGUUGCCCAGGUGCUGUCCGCAGAAGUGCAGCUCCGUCGAUCCGACGCAGUUCCCCAACGGUCAGCUCCAGGUGCCGAUAAAUUUGACGAGGAACAAACCCGCGGCUAGAUCAACGAAUCAGGGACCUCGCAGGUUCAGCGGGAGAGACUGGAGGGACAGAAUCCAGGGAUUUCAGAUCCCGGGGGGUAACUUAAACCCGAAUCCAACCCGGAAAGAGCCUCGGGCGCUCGGCUGGUACGAAGGUCCUGGAAGCGCAGAGAAGGAGGACAUGACUUCGGAGUUCGGUUCAGUCGGUGAAAUAGCGCAGACCGGAAUAGGAAUGAUAAAGAGGCAGUACGAGGUUGGAUGCGCCGAAUUUGGAGCUGCGAUAAAAUACCUCAAGCACCUGUGGAUGACGACAGAUGGAAGCUACUCGGAGAAAGCUCAGGUGGUCAAUCGCAUGAUGUGCUUCUACCUGAUCCUCCUCGGCAUCUACCUCGCGGAAACCGCGUUCUGGGUCGACCGGCAACUCUUCGACGGCCUCUGCACCCUCGUCCUGAAGCCGAAGAGCAACACCGAAAUGCUGACAGGCGUUGCGGCGGUCGUGGUGAUCAUAUUCGUCCUCUACUUGAUCGGCGCUCCUCCUUCAUCUCCCGAAGUCUGCACCAUCGGAUCGUGAUCUGCCUGGUGAUACUCCGACGGCGAUGUUCAAAAUGAAAAUUCGCGCGUUUAUCCAUGUCUCUUAGACGUCGAGUCAUGUUAUACCUAUGAACAGUUUUUUUUUUAAAGAAAUGCAGAGCAAUAGCGGGAACCGCUAUCCGCGUCGCAUCUAAAUUACACGCAUCU